AUGCCGUCUCGACGUGAUGAUGAAUCCCCUGAGCAAAAUGAUUCGGAGCAGCCACUAGGCCAGCAACCCGACGAAGAUGAAGAUGUCAUUGACGAGCUUUUCAACAAUGAGAAUGAAGAAGUGGAAGAUGAAGAGGGCGAAAAUUUGUUCGGCGAUGAUAUGGAGAGAGACUACCGCCCACAGCCGGAACUUGAUGUGUAUUCCGAAUCUGGACUAGAUGAUGCUUCAGACCUGGAUGAUCUCUCUGUUUCGGCAAGGCAAGCAGCCGAAAGGGAAAUGGCCCAAAGAGAUCAGCUCCUCGAUGAAGAUGCGCUCUUUUACGAAGAAGGGGACGAAGAACGGAGAAGGCGUCGUAGACGACGUGGGGUUCAAGAAGAGGGCGCUGAAGAUGUGGAAAUGGAGGAAGAAGUUCCGAUCGACAUUCUGGAAAACUUGAGAGGUCGCUCAACCAAAGACCACGUUUCGGAUGAGGCAGUGGCUAGGGAAAUCGAGAGAAGGUUCAAAAACUUCCUCCGCGCUUUCAAAGAUCCGGAGACCAGAAAGGCAAAAUAUUUGCAGGCUAUGAGCCAAAUGGCAUCGGAAAAUAAGGAGUCGCUGGAAGUUGAUUUCCGUGAUUUAGCUGAUGAGAACGGCGAACCGAACAUCUGCUAUUUCUUGCCGGAGGCGCCUGUACAGGUUCUGAGAAUCUUGGAUAAGGCAGCAACUGAAGUCGUACUAGACCACUAUCCAUACUAUGGUCGCGUUUGUGCCGAGAUCAAGGUACUUGCACUGAUCAUGUAA